GCUUGUUUACAUCUCUUACCAAAUCGGGCGCGACCUGCAGGAAAGAUCCCCAGUAAAAACUAUACCAAAAAAAAAACAGAUCAACAACCACGUCAGAGAUCCGGAUCCCAGUGCUCCUUCGAAAGCUGUUAGACCACCACUACACAAACACAGCCCAGGCGAUACGUCUCUCCUAUUGAGUACCUUUACAAUUUCUUUUGGGCAAAUCCAGACAUGUCCACUGAUAUUGACAUGACGGGCUCGCCCACUGCCAACGCCUCCUUCGGGUCGCCUCCGCGCCAGGGUGAGACGCCAUCCAAGCCGCCAACCGCGCACCAGUUUGCUUUCGAGCGUGCACGCACGCGCACCGUAUACCCCUCCUUCACGUCGCCCAUCCGCCAGCAAUUUGACUUCGAGGCUGGCCAGCCCGAACAGCUCGACGACGACUUUUCCAAGUUCAUUCAGGGCAAGUACUCGCGCAAGCUCUCCACCAAGGUGUUGGACGAGUUGAAUGACCGAGCCGCGGAUAAGCUCAUCAGCUCCAGCUUAAAGCUCUCGCCGGUGCGGAGCAACGUGAGGGGCAACUAUCUCGCGAAUAAGCGUGCUAGUAGAUUGAACGCCAACACCGGAAGGAGAAAGUCAUCGCAUCGGUACUCCCUUACACAUGUAUCGGGGUUCAGCAAAAUGGAGAGUAUAGACUCACACUACUCCGCGGCGCGCGCACCUCACUCGGAGGCGCCGAUGUGCGAUGACCCUAACGCGCGUGGCAAAAACACGCGCGUGUACGCGACGCCCGCGCGCACGGAAAUCGUUAUGGACAUCGACCCCAUUGAAACCAGUAGUGACAAACGUGAUAGCAGCAUGCGAAUUGAAUCCGUGACAAAAAGACGGCGGACGCUCUUGGGCAGCCAAGAGGUGACCCCAAAGGGACCCCAUGCCGAACACAGCUCCGACUCCUUUGUCUCCACGCCAAAAGUCGGCGAGGUCAGACAUACAGGUAUGUCUGGGGAGUUGCAGAAGGUGUUGACGUUGAAAAACAGCCCACUCCACGCAACCAACAAGGAGCGAAAACCGGUCCGGCUGCCCGAGGUCUUGCGACAGCAGCAGCGCCAACACGAGACAAUGCGACAGACCAACUCGCGGCUCGGGUUUCGCAGCCGGAUCCGGCCGCAGGCACCAGCCAAACUGCAUACAAACUUCGCCUCCUUCUCAUCCUCGUCGUUUCUAGCCAAAAUUACCAGAUCCACCACCUCCUCCUCCUUGAAAGCAGCGCCCACCACCGAUGUGACCAUCUCCCACUCACGAGCCGAUCUCUCGUCGUCCCCACCCCGCCGGCCCGAAGAAAGGCUGCUCAAUGCGAAAAAAUCAUACGGAACGUUGAACAAAACGGGUAUUCCCAGAUCCACCUCCACUGCCAGCAUCACCAGACCGUUGCCCAUCGCCAAGUCCGUCACUGCCCACACACAGGCACUGGCUGUCAAGCAAAUGGAAAAACCAAAAAUCUUUCCCAGAUCGCGUCCAGAGGAAGCUAGUGGGGUGCCAAGGUCGCAAGCAGCCCCCUUUGGCGUGCUCCCGAGAUCGCAAACCACGCAUUUUGGCUCGCAGCUUCCGCGGUCUACCUCCACCAGAUCCAUCAGCGAUCCUGUUCCCAGAUCCACUGACCUGGUUUCCCGAUCUAUUGAGUCGGCUUCUAUCAAGAGACCGUUGCGGUCAUCCAGGUCCAUUGCCGACUUGAAGGCCCCACUGGCUGGUACCGACAGGUUGCGGAAAAUGCAGAGUAUGCGGGAUAUCGGCAGUGCCGCUGUGCGGCCAGCGUGGCGAUAAUUUUGGGUUUGGGUUUGGUUUUCUGUUCUUAUGCCUGCUAAAUGUAUGUUUUGUACACAAUGCAUCGAUUGUUUGGGUAAAAUAGGAAAAUAAGCUAUUUUAAUAUAGGCCUUGCCAGAG